UUGUUGGAAGGCAUACGAUAUUACCUAUUUCCUUAGUGAACGGUAGAAAAUAAUUGUUGCGUAUGUGACAUGUGUUGAAUUAAGCAUCAUUUUUCAUGAAUUGCGAUUGUUUGACGUUUCCUAUUAAAAAAUUACAAUAAAAAAAGGAAUACAUUUUCAACGGUAACUUGCAUCACUUCUGUCAAGUAAUAUAAGUUCGUCCAACUUAACCUCCGACUCCGACUUCUGAGCAUGUCAGUUGAUGUCAGCUGUCGAAAGGGAAUCUAAGUGUGAAAUUUAAUUUCUUAUUGCAAUUUUGCGAAUACAAAGAAUAUUUGACAGACGAUUUUGCAAUAGGCUAACAGAAACGUCUCGAACGUUGGCAUUUUAACAAAGCAAAACGAAUCAAUAGAUGCAAUUUUAUUUUCCUGCCGUUUCAAACGUAAAAUCAUCCUAAGAUGCUGAGACUAUUAAAAUUAUCGAGGAAUCCGUUUUUGAAAGGCACAGCUUUACAGCAGCAUGUUAUAUAUCGUACCUUCAAAUCAUCAAUAAGUACUACGUCGAGUACGUUGCAUUCAAAAAAGGAGUUGGUGCAGGAUGAACUGGCUAAAUUCAAGAAGGGCGAAGUUCUUCACGGAUUUAUAGUAGAUGAAGUCUCAAGCGUAGAUGAGUUGUUUCUUACUGCAGUGAGGCUGACGCAUUUGAGUACAGGUGCGCAGUAUCUUCAUUUGGCCAGGGACGACACGAACAAUGUCUUUUCCAUUGGAUUUCGUACAACUCCCAUGGAUUCUACGGGAUUGCCUCACAUACUGGAGCACACCACUCUGUGCGGCAGCGAGCGAUAUCCCUGCAGAGAUCCGUUCUUCAAAAUGCUAAGGAGAUCCCUGGCCACUUUCAUGAACGCUAUGACUGGGCCGGACUAUACCAUAUAUCCAUUCUCGACACAGAACUUGAAGGAUUACCGCAAUCUACAGUCAGUCUACUUGGACUCGGUCUUCAAACCGAAUUUGAGAGAAUUAGACUUCCGACAGGAAGGAUGGAGAUUGGAGCACACAGACGUCAAUGAUAAAAAUUCUCCUAUCAUAUUCAAGGGAGUGGUCUUCAAUGAGAUGAAGGGUGUCUUCAACGACAAUCAAGCUAUUAUGGCUGAAUACUUGUUGAAUUCUAUUCUACCAAGCCACACAUAUUCUGUAAUUUCCGGCGGCGACCCCCUUAUUAUACCUAAUCUGCAAUAUAUUGAUCUUCUUAAUUUCCACAUGAAGUACUAUCAUCCCUCCAAUUCGCGUUUUUAUUCCUAUGGGAAUUUCUCUCUGGAAGAUCAUCUGAAAUUCAUCAACGAUCGAUACCUUCUUAUCUGACAGAAUGGACGUUUCCAUGUCAGAAGUACCGGCGAUCCACUGCUCGCGGAUCCUACCAGACAUGGCACCAUUGCCAUCGCGCAUUUGUGCAACGACAUAACUGACACACAGACUACUUUCGAGAUGUACGUGUUGUCACAGCUGUUACUGAAAGGUCCGAAUUCAGCAUUUUACAAAUCUCUAAUCGAGUCGAAUAUAAGUACCGGUUUCGGACCGUUCACGGGUUUUGAUUCGCAGUGCAGAGACACGAUGUUCGUCGUAAGUCUGCAGGGCGUGAAGCCGGAAAAUUUCGAGGAAGUCGAGAAUAUCUUCAACAAGACCGUGCAGAAAGUUAUUGAGGAAGGAUUCGAGAAGGAUCACGUCGAAGCUGUCUUGCACGGUAUCGAGCUCCAGGUGAAGCAUCAAACGUCGAAUUUUGGAUUGAAUUUGCUCUUCAAUCUGACAUCAUUGUGGAAUCACAACGGCGACUUGGUACAGUCGUUGCGAAUCAACGAUGCAAUGAAGAAACUCAAAUCACGAAUGAGAGAAAACCCUAAAUACCUGCAAAGUCUAAUUGAGACUUAUCUCAGGGACAAUAAUCAUAGAUUGACAUUGACGAUGACGCCGGAUAAAAAUUACGAACAAAAUAAAAUGCUCGCCGAGCAAGAGCUGCUGGAGACAAAGUUAGAGGAACUUUCCGUAGAGGAAAAGGAACAGAUAUAUAAAAACGGAAAGAUCUUGCUCGCUGAGCAACAGAAAAAAGAGAACGUUGAAGUCUUACCGACGCUAAAGAUAGAAGACCUGAAGGCUGAUGUGGAGAGAUAUAAGACCGCCGACUUGGAAGUAUCCGGAGUGCCUCUUCAACUAUCCAUACAACCCACGAAUGGGAUUUCCUAUUACCGAGGAAUACUCAACACACAAGCAUUGCCGACUGAAUUGAAACAGCUGAUACCGCUGUUUAACUAUGUUAUUGCGAAAAUGGGUACGCAGAAUUACGAUUAUAGGAGUUUCGAUCAGAUGAUGCAGCUAAAGACUGGUGGUUUGAACUUCAUGAAUCACAUCGCCGAGCACAAGGAGAGCGAAUUGAAAUAUGAGGAAGGGAUUCUCAUAGAGUCGUACUGCUUGGAUCGCAAUUCAAACGAUAUGUGGAAACUGUGGACGGAGCUGUUCAACAAUGUUAAACUUACCGACCUUCAGAGAUUCGAGAUACUUGUUAAGAUGAACGCGGCCGACUUGAUCAACGGUAUCUCGCACGCCGGUCAUAUGUAUGUGAUGAGCAGCGCAGCUAGCUUGGUCUCCCCGAUAGCCCGGAUCAAGGAAAGUCUUUCAGGAUUGCAGUACAUCUCGAGGAUGAAGAAAGUGGCACAGAUGCACGACUUGACUUCUCUGAUGCACAACAUGAAUGAAAUAGCUACUCAUGUCUUGAACAAGGAACACUUGCGAUCAGCCAUUAACUUGUCUGAACACCAGAAUGACAUUCUCAAUGAUAUUCGCGUGUUCUACGAUUCGCUGAAGGGUAGUUCAAAGAAUCCAUACAUUAUUACCAGUGACCAAAGCAUCGAUAUGAAAGAAUGCGGUAAUCACCACGUUCUGCCGUACACAGUGAACUAUUGCUCCAAGGCCAUUCUGACCGUUCCUUAUACGAAUCCGGAUUAUGCGGCGUUACGUGUGCUGUCCAAGUUGAUCACUUCAGUGUACUUGCAUCCAGAGAUUCGAGAGAAAGGCGGAGCUUACGGUGGAGGCGCAAGAUUAACAUCGGAAGGAAUUUUCUCCUUUUAUUCCUACAGAGACCCGAAUUCCACUCGCACCUUCGAUUUAUUCGAUAAGACAUAUGAUUUUCUAACAGGAUAUCCGUUAUCCCAGACCGAAGUGGAUGAAGCAAAAUUGGGAAUCUUCCAACAAAUCGAUGCUCCCAUUCCUCCCUGUAAUCGAGGUAUGACCAAAUUCAUAAACGACGUUACAGACGAUGAUCUUCAAAGACAAAGGGAGCAGCUAAAAGCUGUGACUAAGGAAGAGCUCUUGCACGUGGCAGGAAAGUAUCUCAAACCCGAUCAAAACGGUAUCAGAAUCGGCCGUUCGCUUAUUGGACCUCCAAAUGCGGAUAUUUCAGAUAGGCACAAAGAAAACUGGUUAGUGCUAAAUCAGGAAGAAACAGACCGAGCACGAGCCACUGACUAACUAGAUGUCAAAAAUCAUUUUUGAUCAAAAAUGAUUUUAUUUAUUUCGUAUAAUAAAGACAGCUUCUCUUUCCUUUACGUUGAAUUGCAGAUGUGCCGAUGCUAUUGUUAAGCGUUUCCUAUGACACAUAAAUAUUAGCAAUGAGAAAAUAGCAUAUGUUACUUAAUAAUAU